AUACGUAAAUUGAGCACAUUAUGGUAGAGUGAGAAGCCCACGGCCAGAAGAGUACUCCAUAGAUAGGCUAGGCUAUUAAGGUUAGGCUGUGUAAGCAAACUAGGGUUAACAAUCACGGACGGUUCACCAUCAUCACGCUGGCCGGGUCUUAGGCUAUUCACUUGAUAGUUACCUACUAGUACCUACUUGAUGAAGUACGCCAUAUUAAACUAAGCAUGUUCCAGUGACCUCAAAGAAGAUACCGAAAAUAAGCAGACAUGAUGGAAAACCAUGAGAUAGAUUUGUCUUUGGCACUGCAGAUGCAAGCACAGUUUGAUGAAGAAUUAAGGGUCAGUUUACUGAAGGCGCAGGAAGAACAAAGUCCAGUUCUGGUGCUCAGCCAGAAAAAUCUAGGAAGCAAGAAAACAUUCCGUGGGGAACUAGAAGAACCGCCUCAAGAAAAAUUAUCUGUCUCUCUCGUAGAUCCAUCAUGGGAAUUGAUUGAUCCUAAUCCAGAUAUUCACACACUAUUCCUAACCUUUAAUAAUCAGUUCUUUUGGGGUCGGUUAUCUGGUAUUGAAGUGAGAUGGAGCCCCCGUAUGACACUAUGUGCAGGAGUGUGUUGUUAUGAAGGUCGAGGAGGCCUUUGCUCGGUACGAUUGUCCUUGCCUUUGCUGAAACUUCGUCCUCGAAAAGAUUUAGUUGAAACUUUGUUGCACGAAAUGAUCCAUGCAUAUUUGUUUGUCACUGCCAACAACAGAGAUCGUGAUGGUCAUGGCCCUGAGUUUCACAAGCACAUGUAUAGAAUAAAUGGAGUAGCUGGAACUAAAAUAUCGGUUUAUCACUCAUUCCAUGAUGAAGUGGAUGUGUAUCGCCAGCACAUUUGGCAGUGCAAUGGACCAUGUCGACAAAGAAGACCGUAUUUUGGGCUGGUGAAGCGAGCUAUGAACCGACCUCCAGGACCUAGAGAUCCAUGGUGGCAACAGCAUCAACAGUCGUGUGGGGGAACAUAUACCAAGAUUCAAGAGCCCGAGGGAUAUGGAAUUAAGAAAAGAAAGAAUGGAGUAAUAGCUGAUAAGGAAACAGAGAAAAAUAGCGACAUCCGAAAGUAUUUUGGAAGCUUUCAAGGUAAGGGAAAGUCGCUAACAGAUGGCUUUGUCUCUUCCACAAUAAAGAAAAGGUCGACAGAUGAAUGUAGUCCUCCAAUGAAGGAAAAUAUUCCAGGUUAUAGUGGAAAGCCAUCAAAUCUAGGCAAUUUGGCAGUUAAUAAGACUGGAGGAAAUACUGGGACCGAUAAAAUGAGCAAUGUACGUGGUUUUGGAAGAACUGGUGCAGGAGCUGUAAAACAUGUAAAUGUAAGUAAUGCCAGCCACUCGAGGGUUCAUGGAUUUGGUAAAAAUUCUCCCAUGAAGAAGAAACCUCGUGUUGGUUCUGGAGCGUCUAGUAACAGCACAGGAAGUAGCAGCAAUGUAAAUAGGGGUUCAUCUCACCCAGGAUCAGGUUUGGCAGUAAGGACUGGUGGGGGUUCUAAAACUGUUACAGUGAAGGGAAAAACAGUCAGUAAAACACCGAGUGAGACAGAAAAUGCAAACCCGCCUUCACAGACAUCAGUUUUUCAAGGGCAAGGCUAUGCCUUGGGAGGAGGAAGUGGAGUGUCUCGCCUACUUUCGCUAUCCAGUUCAUCCUCAGCUUCUGGUAGCAGAAAAGACAAUGCAACUAUUUCAAAAAAAUCAAAUGACAAUUCUAGAUCACAAGUUCAAAACCUAAUGGGAAAAUGUCCAGUGUGCAGUAAAGAUAUUCUAGAAGCUGUACUUGAUAAACACAUAAGUGAUUGUAUUGGAGAUUUUGAUGACGAUGAUGACAACGUUGAUGAUUGGAGUACAAGUUGUCCUAAUGGAAAUGUUGCUAAUGAUGAUAGCCCGAAGGAAUUAGACAGGAUAUCAGUUUCGAGUGAUGACAGUGGUGAUUUCUUUAGUAGUAGUAAGAAUGACCAAGGAGCCUCAUCCACAACAGUGCAAACUCAGAGCACUGGAAGAGAAGAAACUUUCCCUUGCCCUGUGUGUGGCAAUCUUUUUACACAAGCACAAAUCAAUGAACAUUUAGAUUCACAUUUUUAACCAAUGGGUUUUAGUAUCUGAAAUUUUGGUUUUAGUGCAUAUGCUAUGAUAACAAAUGUUAACACUUUCUUUUUUCGUGUAAUGAACAUGCAAGAUGUGGGUAUGUUAUCUCCUGAAUUUUUUUAUAUAUUGUAAAAAUAAAGAUUACUAUUUAAACAAAGUAUAUUAAACUGUGGGUAUUCGUGUAAAGUACAAAACAAUUGCCUUAAAUUUCCCAUCACUACAUUUACGCAUAAACAGCUAAGAAUUUACCAGAAAGAUCUCGUCCUAUUGGGCAAUUUGCAUUUCCUUAGGUGAGGUAUAUAUCCCAAUAGUACUCUAUCACCCUCUUUAGUCAGUGCAGCAGUCUGGUUUCACGUGCAAUUUCAUUCAUGUUUUUUUUCUAUUUUUUUUGUCAGCCCAUAGCUCCGUUAUGGCAUAAUCACCCACUCAAAGAAUUAACCAUCAAAGUUUCUUGGAUUACUGAUUCAUCAUGCCCUUCUAUAUGAUCACCUCAUGAGUAUUGUUCAGUGGAUGUUGUCAUUAUAUGACAACCUGGGAAUUCACAACAGCAGAAUAAAUUCUUCAUUCUUAGCAUAUGCAUAUGUCGUACUUGAGAAUUAAUAUCUGUAAACUCUUGUUAACAACCCCUCCAAGGUUGGUACGCCUGGUAGGCCUAACGCUGACCACGUUCCUUCCAUUCUCUGUGCAUCAGGGCUGAUACCUGGGACAAAGAUGGUGACACUCCCCCUCUCCCUGCCAGGAAUGACGGAGCAUAAUUAUAUAUAAAAUUACCCAAAACCCCCCUUGAGUUUCCAAUAACGAAUCGCUAGAAGAAACUGAAGGGGUACGAGAAACAGCAAAAGCAGGUGACGAAACAUAUCUAGCAGUCUGAUGUAUUGCCGAUGCAAAAGAAGCCGACGAUGCUUGGUCAUCCUUCCUUUUGUCCUGGCCCAUCCCAUAAAACUUCAUCCAUUGUUCCACUGACCAACCACGACAAACUGAACAAGGAUUAGUAACAGUACAUAUGUUUUCUCUGCACCUACUACAUGUUGGAUGUGGAUCUGUAGACACCGAUGUUAAAACUCUUGAACAAGGAAACCCACUCACUUUGUCUCUUGCGAGAAUCCGAAGAAAUUUCCGUUGUUGAAGCAAAAUUCUCCAUCUCACAAUGUACACACACCUAGCAGAUCACACCCAGAGAGAAAAAAGGAAAAUAUGAAUAAAAUCGGGCAAACUAAACCGGCUUUAGAACAGAUAGAAAGUAAUCACGUCCUAUCUGAAAGGCAGUAGGAAAGUAACUGAUCGGUCACGGGACGCCAAGGGCAUUCUGGGAACUACAAUAUCCCGUGACCUGGCAUAGAUGCCAAUAGUCCCUGGAUCUCACAAGUUUGUUAUUAAUUCUACCAGUUUCCAGCUUGGCGCUAGUAUUAUCCUUAUAUUAAGACCGAAGGUUUGUUUCGUAUAUGAACAACUCUUGUUUACCUUGCCCAAAGGAUGGUACACAAGUUCAGAUACACAUCAAUUAAAUUUGUUGAUUAAGAAAUUGUAGGCCACUAGGCAAAAUUGUUCUCUCUUAAAAACUAGUGGUUCAGGUUUGGUACCAAGUGCACUCAUUCCUUGUCUACUGUAAUAGAUGCUGGUUCCCAGAGUUUACCCAAAGGAACCUAGCAGAUAUUUGGCCCCUCAAAUUACGAUAAAACAUAAAUCAUACUCCAGUGGUCAAAGAGCCACAAUCUAUUUUCUUGAGCGACAUGUUUUACCAUCAGCUUAUGUACCUUUCCCUUCAGCUGAAUAGGGACUGUGGAUACUCCUGCAGUGUUAAAUUCUUCCCAUAACUGCCUCUAGUCUUUCUGUUUGUCUCUGGGCCUCCCUCUUCUCCCUAAAGACUUCACUGUCUUCCUUGCCUGACCUCUGCCAGUGCUUGAUGACUCUUUCCUACUUUUCUUGUUAACCUCUGAAUGUCUUCAUUCAGCUACACGGCAUCACCAUGUCUUUCCUUCAGUCGCAUUUACUUCAUUUCACAGGUGAUAUUUUUUGUUCUCCUGACUGGCCCUUAAUCUUUAUUAAACCUUCUGACUCCCUCUCAAUCUUUAUUAUUUCUCCUCAUUGUCAACUGUAAGAAUCUAGGGUGUUAUGCAUGCCCGAUGCAGUAAAAUAAUAAAUUACAGAGUUUCAGCUGCAAUUUUAAGUGAUCUAAACUGCUAUCAGGGCUUCAUAAUAUUAUUCAUAUCCUCAAGUCUUAGCCCUGGCAGACUUCCAGUCUUGUUUCUCCCUUACGGUCUUCCUCUCCCAACCCAUAUUCUCAAAUCCAUUGUCUAUUCCAUCAGGCCCAUUCAUAUUUUCUGUAUAAAACAUUAUUUUUUUUUAUGAAAUCAUUUCCUUUGCAUGGGAUAAUGGCUAAAAAAUAAAUUUUUCUAUAAAAUUUAAUGAUUAAAUGUUCAACUUUCAACAUUUUCCAUAAGUUUACUCAACGUAAACAAGUGUAUAAGACAAAGCUGUACUUUUCUGUCACACCUUUUACUGGUAAAAGGGCAAUAAACUUAAACAAAAAUUGUGCAGAUAAUUAGCUAUGCAAAAUGCAACACCAUUAACUUGGCUCCAGGUUGUAAUUUUGUUAAGAGCAAAAAAAGAUUCCUGGUAGUACUAAUCUAUUACCUUAAAUGAGUACCUUAACAAAUGAAGUUUGUCAAAUUUGAAGUACUACUACUGCACAAAACAUUCAAGGUAACUGAAUUUGAAGUACUAUUACUGCACAAAAUAACAUUCAAAGUUACUGUAACUUGAAAUUUCUAAAGUAGUAAAGUUUAAAAAUAAAACUAAAUAUACCUUGGUACACACAAAUCAUAAAAAUGACUAUGAGGUACCAUGGUUACACUGACAUUCUAAGGUAAGCCCACAUGGCUGCAGAUAAGUAUUUUAUUCUACUGCAUUUUAUAUAACAGAGUUAAGUGUGAAAAGUGGCAACUAUCCUAUUCAAAGCACAGGAGUAAUUACAUGUAUGUAUAAACAAUAUCUAAUUUUUUUUAGAGAGAAAAGAUAAUAAUCGAGAAUUUUAAAUACACAAUUUCAAAAACCUGUAAGACCAUCAUAUGACAGUUAUAAAAACCUUUAAUUCUAAAGCAAACAUUAAAUUUUAGUGGAGAACUUAUGUAACAUUAAAGAAUCUAAUAAGCAACAUUUAAAUUUCUUUACCUCAACACUCAUGUAGUACAUAAUUUCAUAUUACAAGGCUUUCCAAAGGCCUGAACACACAAUCCAAGCCACUUACAAUCUUUCUCCACAGAUCGCUUUAGUAUUCAACUGCUAUAAAAAUUAAAUUCAGAGCAAUAAAAAUAACAUGCCCUCUUAAAUCAUAGACACAAAUAUUUAUUUAAAGCUUUGAAUGAAAAAAAAAAAAGGCAGACCUUCCCAAAAAUAUUUGAAAUUGUAUGUCCAAAACUGUAAGAAUUUUGCAUUGAAAAUUAUAUUCUUAAUAAUUUCCACUAACAUCUAUCACUACAUUCGUUGCUGCCAUGUAAAUUUCAUUUUAACCAGCACAUUUUGUAAAUUUAUUAUGCUCAACCAGGCCUGAAAAUGUUGAAAUGUUAAAAACCUUGUGUGCUCUAAUUUAUUGUGUGUGCCUUGCUAGGCCAUUGUAGAUUUCUGCAGUUCACCUUCAGCCCCAAGCUAAAGAAUUUUUUAUAGGGUCUUACACAAGUCACAUAAGGGAUUUAAUUUUAGAGAAAUUUUACCGGUAGGUGGGAGGAGGCAACAGGAAGGGAUGAUAAGUAAAAGGAUGAGAGUAAUGCAGCUUGGGAGGGGGGGGGGGGGGGGAGG